CGUUGCGCACGCGAUCGGCGGCAUAGUAGUAGUGUGAUGACUACGGCGACGGAUCCAACGCCCAGGAUGUCAGGGAGGCCCGAUGUUCUUCAAUCCCUAAGUAUUCUUGCGGCGUAUCAAAGCCAGAGCGAAGCAAAGAAAAGAGGCGUUCUGGGUGGCCAUGGAUUGUGCAUUGCGCCGACUCCGAAGCUUUCGGACUCCGAUGCUACGCCGAGUCCUGCGUCAUCCGACAUAAUUGAAGUUUUCACCCUCGAAUACAGAUGGCUUGAUGAGGAAUGGUCCGGAAAAAUUUCAGAUCCACAGUGGAUAGAUGCUGUUGCAAGAAGCAUUUGCCCCACCCUAUGGACUAACCUCGAUGGAUGUGAAGUUUACUGCACACCUCCCGGGAAAAUUAUGACAAAAGAAGACCAACCUGGCAAACAAAGGUCUGAACCACUCACAAUUGUUGUGGAUCUCGAUGAGCUUACUGCAAAUCCUGGAGAUGUGAACGAAAGAGAAGAAAAGUAUAAAGGAAAGCGAAUAAAGCUACAACGUGGGUCAAAAGUAUCCAACCAGUCCUUUUUUCCACUGGCGGUGGACGACUACUUUAUGUCUAUAGCAAUAUUGUCUCAACGGCUUGGCAGUGCCGAUGAAAGUAAAAGAGUUGGGGCCUGCAUUGUUUCCAAUGAGUCACUUCGUGUUGUAAGCCUUGGAUACCGCAAAGAAGACAUUCAUGCCGAGUUGAGUGCUCUACUAAAUGCCAAAGUGUCUGGAGUAGACCUGACAAAGUGUUCUCUCUAUACCACCAAACCUCCAUGUCUUAACUGUACCCAAGCCAUUCUGGAGGCUGGCAUCAGAGUCAUGGUAUAUGGUCCAAAGGGAGUCUUGGACCCUGGUGUUUGUGCUCUUAUUUACGGAGCCAAAGCCUGUUUCAAGGAAUAUAAAUGCUAUAUUAGGAUUGACGAUGUUGAAAAGAGGUUUCUGAUAGAUUUGCAUGAAAGUGAUGUCUGUGCCAAAGAAUUUGAUCCACCAGAGCCAGAUGCAGCCCAACCAACACCAUCGUCUUCCUCUGUUUCUGAUGAAAAUGAUGUCUGUGCCAAAGAAUUAGAUCAACCAGAGAUCUCAAAGCCAGAUGCAGCCCAACCAACACCAUCAUGUAAACCCUCAUAUAGUGAUUUUUUUAUGGCAAUGGCUUUUUUAUCACACACCCGAGCAAAAGACAUGAAGUAUCAGGUUGGAGCCUGCCUAGUAACCCCAGCUCCGCAUCGUCUGGUUGCCAUGGGAUACAAUGGAAUGCCUGAUGGUCGUGGUUUCAAGGAUGACAAAAUGGAUUGGGGCACAGAGCAGUCCAAAUAUAUUUGUCAUGCAGAGCUGAAUGCUAUAAUUGCGGCAUUUAGAAGAGAAGCUGAUCUGUCAACCUGCACUCUCUAUGUGACCCACACUCCCUGUGAUGACUGUUCUAAGCUGGUGGCUCAGUCUGGGAUCAAGUAUGUGGUGUUUGCACGACCUUUCCAUAAUGGCAGUGCUAUGAAUGAAACUCUUAAACGACUACCACAUCCGGAGAUCACGCAGUAUGAUAUGGAGAGUGAAUGCGGCAACAUUGCAAUAGAUCUUAAAGAUCUAUCUAUAAAAUUAAGCAAGUCAAGUAAGACACCUCCGAAUGAUUGUGCCCCAGCCCAAAAAAAGGGCCGAAGAGAUGUAGAUUUUCCGUUGGAUGACUACUUCAUGUCUCUAGCAGUGUUGGCUAAAUGUCGAAGUGUUGUUUCUGAGAGAGUUGGUGCUUGUCUUGUCUAUAAAGAACCACGCCGUGCCAUAAGUGUUGGUUACAGUGGAAACAUUGACGGCCUGUCAGAUAACAAGAAGACAGAAUAUGUGUGCUGUGCAGAGUUCAAUGCAAUUGUGAGUGCCUACAGAUACCACGCAGACCUCACCUCUGCCACUCUAUACACCACUGGAGUUCCUUGUUCAAGAUGUGCCACAAAGAUUAUACAGUCUGGGAUCAAGACAAUAGUCCAUGGUGGUGAGGAAAAGUCAAUGGAGCCAGAGGCUAGGGAGGUCUUCUACUGGGGAAAGGUUGCCACGCUCAAGUACGAAUGUCAAACCAAGAAACCAAUCAUUGAGAUUGAUCUUCGAAGGCUAGUUGUUGACCAGAGAGAAGAUGGGGAUGGAGGGGGAGCGGAAUAAGAGAUGAGUAUUGGAAAUAUGGACGUCAAAACAUUUUAUACCCAUAUUUUUGUUUGUGUGAUAUAGUUAUAACUUAUUGCACACUGUAAAGUUAAAAUAUACUUGUAAAGUGCUAAAAAUAAUACACUCAAUGUUUCAUUUCGUAAGCUAUGAUACAGCUCUCAUCAGAAGUGGACACGUCUCCAGGUCUAAUGUAAUGUACACUCCUUCGCCUUCCUGUCUGGAGACUCACAAAGCCACGCCCACCUGUCAGAACAUAGAUUGCUCCCUCUGUGGACCCACCACUCAAGGCCGGGGCAACCGACUGUUCGAGAGUCGUGAAGAAGUCGGGUAGCGGGUGAAGUGGGAUGGGCCCAGCAAGAUGGAGCGUGGAGGGGUCUUCAUAUGGACUGGGAGAUCUCUUGUGGUUCAGAUAGGGGCUGUCUUCUGGUGUCACCUCGUCAUAGAG